AUGUGCAACAUUACGCAUGUUAAGGCUGUGUAUGUCAAGAAUUUACCAAAAGACAUUACUCAGGAUCAGCUGAAGGAUCUGUUUGAACAUCAUGGAAAGAUCACAAAGGUGGUUCUCCCACCUGCAAAAGCGGGACAGGAAAAGAGCAGAUUUGGUUUUGUGCACUUUGCGGAAAGGGCAUGUGCCAUGAAGGCAUUGAAGAACACUGAAAAAUAUGAAAUUGAUGGUCAAGUUUUGGAGUGUUCUCUUGCAAAACCACAAUCAGAUCAGAAGUCUUCUGGAUCAUCAACUCAACAACGGUCAGCCUUACUUCCGACCUACCCACCACGUCUUGGUUAUGGCAUGGUAGGGGGUAGUCAGUAUGGUGGUGGCUUAGGUGCUGGAUAUGGUGGUCCGGGAAUUGCGCAACCACUGAUAUACGGUAGGGGACCAACUCCUGCUGGCAUGGCAAUGAUGCCUAUGCUUUUGCCUGAUGGAAGGAUUGGAUAUGUCCUGCAACAGCCGGGAGUACAACCACAGAUGCCUCCACCGCAAUCCCGAGGUGGAAGAAGUGGUGGCGGUGGCAGCUCAAGUGGUGGAAGGCAAAGCGGUGAGAGCAGUCGUGGCCGCAGUCGCUACAACCCGUAUUAAUUAGUGAGUUCUGUCUCUUGUUUCAAGAAAACGGAAAUAAGAUGGCGUCUUGGAUUGACAAUCAAGUACUUUGGGCGUACGAAGGAAUGUACACAUUUGUGGUUGUGCAGUUGGUUUUAAGUUACAAAAUCAAAUGUAGUUUGAUUCUGCCGACGCCCGUGUG